UUUACUGCAAAUCCCGACUCACUCGGUACUGUAGAAACGAUUGUGUAAGUCGUGUGGUACCUCAUGUAACUGUCACCGUUCUAUUUAUGCGUGUCUCAUGUAGUGUUCUUGUCUGUUUGACGGAACUGCGUUUUUGUUCCCUUCGAUUGUGUACUAUCUGGUGGAUUUUUUUCGAAUGAGCAAAUCAUAAAGGAUUUACUAUUAUUCUGCACUCAACGAACGCUUCCACCAUGUUGCUGCCAAAGAUGACUAAGAACUGAUGACAUUUAAUUUUGGAGUACAUCAGAAAAAGAACAUUUUUGAAAGUACCUCUUUUGUGGAGUCAACAGUUUGAAGUUGGAUUUCUCUGCAUGGUAAAGCAGACAGUGAAGAUGGACUGCCUUUAUCAGUGUUUAUUAGCAUUUGUUAUUGUUGGAGUUGGAACUGCUAUGGACUUGGAUGUAACUCCUAGGAUAACCAUACCAUACAGUGAAUUAGUGGAUGUAAAUCGUUUUAUUAACACUGCGGUAAGCAACGUAACAAUGCUGCUGGAGGAUGAUGCUGGAAUUCUCUAUGUUGGUGCAAGAGGGGCCAUUUUCUCACUGAAUGCAAGAAACAUUACAGAUGGAACUAAUAAAACUCUAAAUUGGGAAGCAUCUCCAGAUAAACAAAAAGCAUGUGAAAUAAAAGGCAGAAAUAAUAAAACAGAAUGUUUUAACCACAUACGGUUCCUGCAGAGGUUUAAUGAAACUCAUUUGUAUGUUUGUGGAACAUUUGCAUUCAGCCCUCUUUGUGGCCAUAUUGAUAUAAAAACAUUUCACUUGACUUCCAUAUCAGAAGGAAAGGAGAAGUGUCCUUUUGACCCAUCACUGGGUUAUACUGGUGUUUUAGUAGAUGGCAAAAUGUACACAGCUACAGAGUAUGAAUUUCAGAGCACAGCUGACAUCAGGUUAGCUCAAGAGCAGCGUCUCCUGAAGACAGAAGAUUCACACAAUCUUUGGCUUGUUGAUGCAAAAUUUGUUGGUUCAGCUUUGAUUCAAGAAAGUGUGAACAGCCUUGUUGGAGAUGAUGACAAGAUUUACUUUUUUUUCACUGAAGGAGUGAAAGAAAAGUACACAGAGCAUGAAAAGCCACGGGUAUCUCGAGUGGCUCGAGUUUGCAAGGGAGAUGUAGGUGGUCAGAGAAUCCUCCAAAAAAAGUGGACAUCAUUUUUGAAAGCCCGAAUUAUUUGUUCUAUCCCAGAAUUUGUAUUUUACUUUGACAUCUUGACAAGCACUUUUGUGUUAGACAGGGGGAGUUGGCAAACCAGUGUAUUCUAUGGUACCUUCACUUCGCAGUGGAAAAAUGUGGAAGCUUCGGCCAUCUGCCGUUACAGCCUUGCAGAUAUACAGAGCGUGUUUGAAGGUCCAUAUAUGGAGUAUAUGGAAGAUAUUCAUAAGUGGACAAAAUAUGAAGGGGAGCUGCCAAGUCCUCGUCCUGGUUUGUGUAUUACAAAUGAACUUAGGAUGAAAGGGCAGAAUACAUCCAAAGACCUUCCAGAUAAGGUGUUGGGAUUCCAAAAGCUGCACCCCUUGAUGUAUGAUGAGGUAAAACCUAUAGAAGAUAGACCACUGCUGCUGAAAAAGAAUGCGCUGUACACUCGGAUUGCAGUGGACCAAGUGAUGGCUCUAGAUGGUCAAGAGUAUGAUGUAAUGUUUAUUGGAACAGAUGAUGGCUAUAUUCACAAGGCAGUGGUGAUGAGCCCUAAAGUUCACAUUAUAGAGGAAGUACAGCUUUUCAGGAGUCCUGAGCCAGUGGAGAAGUUAGUCAUUUCAAAGAAGCAGAAAAGUUUGUACAUUGGAUCUCUAAGUGGUGUUGUCCAGAUCCCGUUGUCCAACUGCAGCCGCUACAUAACAUGCUAUGAUUGCAUCCUUGCCAGGGAUCCUUACUGUGGAUGGAAUGGAGAUGCAUGUAUAGAGAUUUCAUCUGUAGAAAACAGGACAUUGAUGGUACAGGACAUAGUGAAGGGAAGCACUGGAUGUUCAAACAGCACUGUGAGAGUUCCCAUCAUUCAAAAAGUCAAGACAGUACAACAAGGAGCUGACAUUAUGUUGUUUUGUGACAUUGACUCAAACCUGGCAAGCACAAAAUGGCAAGUCAACAAUACAGAACUGAAUAUCAUGCAGCAAAAUUAUAAGGUCGGUACAGAUGGGUUGCUAAUUCUUAAUUCAUUAUUGAGCCACACUGGAAAUUACAGCUGCUACAAAGAGGAGAAUGGGGUUCAGUCAUUAGUAGCUGUUUAUGCAGUGAGUAUUCUAAUGGAACUGCCAACUGAUGAAGUAGAAAAGCCAAGCUCUACACCACUACCAUCACCAACAAAUCCAGAGUCAUGGCAUGUUGUUAAAGCUGAAGUCGUCUACAUAGCUGCCAUUAUCAUUCUUGGAGGGGUAUGUGUUGUGCUGAUGUCGGUUUUAUUUUAUGUUGCCUGCCUCCAGAACAAAACAGGCAAAUAUCACCUGAACACUCCUUCAGGGGUUGAACUUCAAACAGUUUCUGGAAGCUGUGGUAGCAGAAAAGCAGAGAGUAAUCAAGAGUAUGCAGAUGGUUUCCUUCAAAUUAUUCCUGGAGAGGCUGUUUCUGGACCAUCAAACAGAGAUCUAAACUCUCCAGUCAGGCAGCUACCACCACCACCUCCAGUGCCCCCUCCUCUUCCUACUGAAUUCACCAAUGGGAUUACUACAUUACCGAGUAUGUUAAAAAAAAUGAAUGGGAACACAUAUAUGCUGCUGCGCCAGAAUGAUGAGGCUUCCUCACCACUGUAUCAUUCAUUUACAGAGGAACUCAGCAAAAUUUUGGAAAAGAGAAAACAUACACAACUGGUGGAGAAACCAGAUGAGAGUUCUGUGUAGACUGAAUUAAUCUAGUAGCAUUUUUUAUCUACCUCACAACAUAUGACAACAUGAGUUGCACAAUAAUUUAUUCAUGUUGAACUUGUAAAUGUGUAUUGUAUACUUUUAUCAAUCAGUGGUUAAUUUUUUUUUAGUCUAAAAGCAACUUUCAGUCUCAAAGAAUACUCCCAACAGGAAAGCAGUACUUGAAAAAAAUCUACUGGUAAUCUGAGUAAAGCCAUUGCAACAUACCACUACCUGCUUGCCAGUGCCAAGAGAAAGAAAACAAAAACAACCUUGUGGAUCCCAUUACAUGAACAGAGCUUUGAUGUUUAAAAUAAGCUGUGUUUCCCUUGGUUUUUUAAACCACUUCGUGAGCGAGGUAUGUUGUAUCUUUUUUUUUUUAUGCUGAGCUGUCUAGCCUUCUCCAUGAAAUCAGCAGAGGAAACCAAGACUUGAUAAAUGUUUGAAUGAGGUCAAGUAUAGUCAAGAAAAGAGGAGAUUUACAAAAGAAAGUAAAAUAAAAGUACAUUUUCCAAAAAGACAAUGAUUUACCCAUUAUGACAGGGUCUCUGAAUGUUAAUACCAAGCAUCAUUUGCAGUGUAUUAAAGCUAUUCACAGUGAGGGUAGCUCAUUAGAUAAACUUGGGCAGAACCUGUGAGGCAGUAUUAAUUUGCAUAUGAACAGCAUCCUCCAUUGUUAUAUAAAAGAUGGUUGUUUUGUUGAAGAGGGGUUUAUUUUAAGGGACUGAAAAAUGUAGGCUAGUGUGCAAACAGUAUUGAACAUUUUGAUUGCCCUUAACCCUGUAAGAGUAAUAUAAAGUUGCUGCUAAUGUUACAAGUGUGAAUGCAAGUGUAUGUGAAAAUGCACUCACUAACAUUUCAGUGAAGAUGGGCAAAUUCCCCUUUUCUUGAGCUAUGACAACCUCAGAGCUGAUUUAAAAAAGGAAGGAAUUGUAGAGGACACACCCUUCUACAUAUGGGAUAGAAGCUUUUCCCCAACAUUUUGAGUUUUAUGAUGCUGUUUUUGUUAAUCCAAGGAGAAUUAAAAUUUCUGGCAUCCAUACUGCUGUUGUAGACCACCAUAUGAGCAUUAUUUUCUGUGCAAGAAUUACGUUGCUGCCUAAGAAGUCUUAUUUUUUGACCACAUGCAGUCAGUAAAUGGAUAGCCAUAUGUGCCCGCACAAAUUGGAAUAGUUCAGAGAAUUCUGUUUGGUUCCAGAACUUUUCCUCACUGAAUCCUUUGGUGAAGUUCCUGGUAUCAUAGGAUGUAUUCUGGCCACUGCAUUGCCAGCUGCCCAAGAUGUUUUUAGUUAUUUCUCUGGUUUGAAUUUUAUGAUUGUGUUAAAGAAACUUUGCUACUGUCCCACUAUGCACAACUGCUUCCUUUGAUUACUUUUGUGCUUUUGGAAGACAUUUGAAAAUCACAGUAAUUGUAUUUUUUAUCUCUCUCAUUGUGACCAUUGAGCUUUUUUGUCUGCUCACUGUAUAGGCAGUGUUCCUUCCCCAGUAGGUGAGAGCCCUACACCAAUUUGUUAGUCUGCAGAGAGAGAGAAACAUUAGAUAGUGGAUCUUCAAGGGUUUUUUUGGGGGGUGUGCAUGUGUGUGUUUUAAGUCCUAACCUCAACUAUACAUGCCCAAUAAGCUGCCCCAAACUUCAAUAUUCCUUGGGCAUCAAUGAGGUAGUCAACAUUCCAUGGGUGCCAGUGAGGUAGUGUCACUCUCUUCCACAAAUGACAUAACCCAUCAGGACUGCCCUGUCCCCUCGGUCAGUGCUGUCAUGUGGUCUCUGGUUUCCAACUGGGACUCUACCACAGGUCCAAGUGCCUUGGACUUGCACCCACACAUCAUGUCUCCUGAGAAAGUUGUGCUAGCAGAACCACAUUACUCCUCCAUUUCUCCUGCCAGCUGUAGUAGUUGAAGUUCCAGCAAUUGUGAUGAGUUUUUCUUAAGUACUGUGUUUUUGUAGCAUUAAUAAGUUGUUUGCUUUUUAAGUUUACAUUAGUUUGAAAAGUUAUAUUUGAAGCAUCCUUUUGUGCGGUUAAAAAGUUUAUAAUGCUUUUUUAGGAAAUUGUAAUGUACAUAAAUACUUCAAAAAAUGUUUAUUUGGUCUGGUAAGAAGAGAAAAAUAGUUUAGGCAAGUUUGUUGCCAUGCAAUAA